AUGGGUGUCCCUUUCGAAGCUCUCCUUCCUUUUGGGAUCAUGCUUGCCAUGUUCGGCAUCUCAGGAGCGGGCCUUUCCAAGAUCAGACACAUGCAGAAUGGAGGGAAGAGAGCAAGGCAUUCGAUAGACCAAUGGGACAGGCAGAUGAUGGAUCGGGACAGGAGGUUGACGGGAUAUCUACGAGGGCAAACCGAUAAGGUGGUCGCGCCUCCAGGUUUCGAGCUGAACAAUCCUUGGCGGACGGAGAAGCGCAUAUACUAG